AUGGCGUUUGCCGUCGCACAGCCCGCGUCGUUCGCAGAUCCCGUCAUCGUUCUUCUUUCCGAUGGCUCCAUUCGUUUGUAUCACGAGCAGCUCAUGCAAGUCAGGGACGUCCUUAGAGAGUUUCCCCACCACGGCCUCGCGUCGCUGAAUCACAUCGCAGCGUCGGGCGCGGGGGCACCGCCAGAUCUUGCUACUUCUGGCUAUUGCUACGCGACGUCGCGACAAUCACAACCGCCAAAUGUGGCGCCUCUUCCGCCGGAGCGUUUUUUGCGGCCUGGAGGAACCUAUUGCUUGGUGGAGCAUCCAGUCUUGGCUGCACACGUUGCUCUCUCGGUCAACCACGCGCGCCGGCCGCAUGAUUUGGCGUCAUGUGCGGCGGAGUGCACGGCGAGCGAUGCGGAAAACAUGAUUGACGACUCGGAGUCGCCGUCGGACGAUGCGACCGUUGUAAGCUGCUUCACGCCGCGUGCAUCCCGCACCUCGACCCGCCAACGCGCUGCGGUCGCAGCGAAAGGCGGAUCUGGCUUGGAGCGUGCGGCGUCCAUGCCUCCCAUAAACCACUCGCUGCGCGCCGCGCUAAUGAUGCCCACCACGCCGCGCAAACCUACCACCGGUGCCGCCAUCGGCGCCGUCGCGUUGCCAUCAUCGCCUAGUGCAGCCGCCGCCGCGGCCACGCCGGCAACAACCCUUCCUCCCCUUGCCCGGACUACCAGCGGCACCGUCCCGUCCACUGCGCCAACCAUCCCCAACUCCGUCUCGCAGCGCGCGCGACCGUCCUCCGCCGCUUCCCCCCUCAUCUCCCCGCGCGCGCCACCGGCCUCCGCGUCCGCCCUCAUCUCUCCGCGCGCGCCACCGUCCUCCGCGUCCGCCCUCAUCUCCCCGCGGGCACCCCCUGCCUCCGCUUCGUCCCUCGUCUCACCGCGCGCGCUUCUCUCCAGCGGGUCGCGGAAGCUUGCGCGCGCUUUGACCGCUCUCCCGCGCCCUCGUAGAAAUGCGUCACGUGAGCGCGACGGGACGGAACGGAGCCGCGUCCCGCGUGACGUCAGCAAUCACGGCGCGUCAGGCCCGUGGUCGCUGAUGGACCUAGUCUCGCCAAAAGGCGCCGCGAGCGCGUCGCGCGCUGAAAACCAUACCGUGGCACAGCUCGGUGCUUAUGCAAUUUCCGCAGAAGAUAUGUACUCGUGGGAAAACGCUAUCCGCGACCUUAAGAUCUCGCGAGGUGAGCGUGAAGAGGAGGGGGAGGCGGAGAGUAGCGAAAGGCAGCGAAACAGGGGCGUUCGCUACUUCAGUGGGCGAAAUGAGGCGAGGCAGGCGAACUGGUCGGGAGGGCUGACGCCCAGGGGCCUCCCGCUGCUGUCGCCCGUGGAGACGGCGUCUGAGUGCGACGACGGCACGCAGCAGCAAGGGCGGAACGCUGCAGAUUCAGUGCAGUCAACGCAGACGGCUCGGGCGACUUUACCACUAUCCAGGAGGCGAUAUACUACGUGCCGCCAGGCGUAUCUGCCGAAUCAAGGGACGAAGAUAUUCGUGAAGGCCGGGUGGUACAACGAGACCAUCAUCAUCCGACCGUACAUGCGCUAUCUGUCGCUGAUCGGCGAUCCCGAGGGCGGCGGCAGCACGGUGUCGUGCAAUCGCUACAGCGGCAUGCUCAACGAGAACGGCGACAUGCUCUCCACGUUGAACACGGGCUGUUUUGUCGUAUUCGCGGACGAUUUCACGGCCGUGAACGUCAACUUCGAGAACGCGUCGCCGCGGCCGCCGCCCAACAGCUACAUCUACCAAGCGGUGGCCGUCAGAGUGACGGCCAACCGCACCGCGUUCUACAAUUGCUCCAUCAAAUCGUUCCAGGAUACCCUAUAUGCGCACAAGGGGUGGCAAUACUACAAGGAUUGCUACAUCUUCGGGACGGUGGAUUUUAUUUUCGGGCAGGCGAAGGCGCGGUUCGAGUCGUGCGUGCUGCAGAUGUCGAGCUACGGGUUCGCGUCGGUGACGGCGCAGAAGCGCGACAUUAAGAACGACGAUAACUGCUUCGUCAUGGUGCAGAACCGCGUCAUCGGGCAGCAACCCAUCAUCGCGCAGGGGUGGCUGGGGCGGUCGUGGGGUCAGUACGCGUGCACCAUCUUCGCGCACUCGUACAUGGACGAGAUCAUCAACGCCGAUGCAUGGAAUAACUUUUACGUGCGGUCACGGGAGUGGACGACGUUCUACGCGGAGUACAACAACACGGGCAUCGGGGCCAACCUGGACGGGCGCGUGCUGUGGCUCAAGACCUUGACCACCGCCGCCCGCCGAUACUUUCUCUCCAAGGCCUGGAUCGGCCUUGACUCGUGGUUCCACCCCUUCCCCCAGAUGAUGUGA